AUGGAGUCGUCUCCUCUCCUGCUCGUAAGGCUCUGCUCUCUCUCUUAUCUUAUCCAGGCUCAUACUCAUGCUCGGAAUGCAUUACAUGAGACUCGCAAGUCGAACCCUGUCGCGGCGAGCGAAGAGCAUGAUCUUGCAGCAGGCGAGUUUGCAACCGCUCGACAGUCCACCGCGGACCCAAGUGCUGCGAGGACACUUCGACUGCUAGAAGACCACCAUAAGCAGCUUGCUGCCAUCAUACGCUUUCAGCAUGAAAAUCCCCCAGCAACGGACACAGAGCGGAAGCUGUCGGACGGCGUAGAGACAUUGGCCCCUAACCCAACAGCUAACCCUGCUACGCACAAAGGACCUGGUUUGGCCUCUGCCGGGCCGCAGCAACAGUUGCUGCUGCACCAGCAUCCUCCACGGCUGCUAUCACAGACCAGCUCUGGGUCUCGUAAUUCGUCGAUUGCCGGGAAUCUUGCCUCUGCAAGGGGGAUACCCUCCCAGAGACAGCAUUCCAAUCCGGUUUCGCCUACGGUCUCGGCUCAGAAUGCACGGGCGAGGAUGGCCGGCUCCCCCGUCCGAGCGAGGCAGCAGAGAGACGGCAAACAGGUAGACCAUCUGUCAACAGUUGACUCUCAAGCCUCUCAGCAACGACGGCAGGGAGGGAAACACUCCUGGGUUCCCCCGAUCAGCCCGACUCGGGUCACUUCCCAGGAGUACGUCUCGCCCCAGAUCAAAGAUACUGCCAUAGCCGGCAUCAGGUCUAUCACCGGAGAUGAGCCCUUUCGACGCUUUUAUUCUACUUUUGAAGGCGUCAUCUCAAAACUGUCUGCGCCCCUUGCCUUUACAAGCCUCCCGUUAGGCGUUGACUCCUCUCAGCCUCGUCUUCUCGCGGGACAAAAGGCCCCGGCUGCAGACACCAAGACCAACACACACUCUGCCGUGGCAGAUUUCACCAGUUUUUCAGACAAGGACCCAGACGUGUCCAAACUGGUUUCCAGUGCUGCGUUAAGGGCCAUCAAGGACAAAGACGGUCAUUUUGCAUCUCACAACCCUGCCGAGUCAUUCUACGUGGUGCCCACAGCUGGAGGGAUGAUAUCCUACGCCGGAAUACUUUCUCGAGAAGAAAAGGAGGCAGUAAAGGAUAGCAUGGAGUCUGUUGAAGAUGAUUUUGUUGAUGCUAGUGAAAACCCUCCCUCUCCCGAAGAGACCUUGCAUAAGAGCACGACUAGGCUAGAUCGCAGCACAUCCUUACAUUCACGCAAGAACAAAGGUGACCCUUCGAGACCCUACAAGUCAGUUGAGGAACUUCAUAUGGAGAACGAGGCACUGAGACACCUUUCGGACACGCUGGCGAAGCGUCUACAUAUGUGGGAAGUGAAUGCACAGUCUUCAUCGCUGGCUCUACAGCAGUCGAUUCGCGCCAUGCAUAACCAGCAUGCUAUAUUACCAUCUCGCCAGACGUCUCCCGCAGCCUCCGCUGCCGGUGAAGCUAUUCCAUCAGUACCCAAUGCUGGAGCAGACCUGCGGAUCAGAGAGUUGCAAGAGAUGAUUAAAAACAACGAACGAGAGUUGGAAAAGGUCAGUCGUGAGAACGAGAAGCUUAGAGCCGUGGUAGAGAGAUAUAGAGAGCGAUGGGAGAAGUUAAAGGAAGGGGCCCGGGUUAGGCGUGAAGGCGCGAGCAAUGGAGGCGGAGCGAGUAAAACGCCCGGCAGGCCAAACAAGGAUGCCAAAGAAAGAGAGGAGGAAGAUCCAGACAAGUUAUGA